AUGUCUGAGCCAGCUUGGAAACGUCUUGGUCUGAAAAUCAAAGAAACAGUGGAAAAUGAUCCACUGGGGAUUACGAAGGUAAACAUCAUCAAGAAACGAAAGGCCGAUCCUGGGCAAAACACAGAGAAGAAGCCUCCCAAGAGAAAGAAGUUACCUAGAAACGAGCGUCCGCCGCCGCCAGAAAAGGAUCAGCUCAAGUAUCUUCGACAAUACCAUGAAGAUCGGUCAAACUGGAAAUUUUCCAAGGCCAAACAGACCUGGAUUCUCAAGAAUCUCAAGAAUAUUCCUCAAGAGUAUGACGAAGCUCUGAAAUCGUAUAUUGCCAGUGUGCAAGGUGGGUCGAGAGAUCGAGUGAAAGACGAGAUGAUGGCCGUAGUGGAUAAAUGGAACAAAGCUGCUCGCAGGGCUCUUGAGGAGAUGCAGAAGGGUUCAGAGAGUGCUGAGGAGAGAGAAGAAAAGGACGACAACAAGAACGAGGAGCAUACAAACAGAGAGGCGGAAGAUGACGCCAAAGAGAAAGAGGCAGACAAGGAUGCUGCCAAGGAGGACGUUCCAGAUUAUGAUUUUGUUAUGCGGGCCAAGGCGCUGGUGGAGGCUAUUACUAAGGAGCAGGUGUUGGUGGAGGGCAUGGCGGGAGACAGUCUUGAAGAAGGCGACAAACAGCACUUGGACGGGAGAGGAGAGGUUGAAGCGGUGAACCCGAUGAUAGUGGAGGAAGUGGACGUCCAGGAAUACGUUGGGGACGAGGACGAGCAGCUGGAGGUGAAACCAAAUGGCGAGGACACGGAGGUUGUCCAAGAAGUCGAGGAAAAGCAUAAGGAGAAGACCACGAAGGCCAAGAAGACGAAGAAAGAUAAGAGCGCCAAGAAGGAGAAGAAAGACAGGAUCAAGGAAAAAGCACAAUAA